AAGCUUGUUCUGUGCCGCGAAAAAGAAGCUGAAUAACUCCUCAAAGUGCGAAUAUCGCCGCAAGUUUCCGUUAAAACGUGACAACGGAGCUCCCACGGAGCCGGUAGACUUUAACCGGAACGACCGGAAAGCCGUUAAACUUCACAAAAACCUUCCCGCGGCGCGCUGUCCGUGAGAAACCAACGGAGGCUCCGGAGAAACUCGGUAAAAACAACGAUUAGCGGCGUUUAAACGCUUCUAAAAGAGCCGCGAGGAGUAAACAAACCGGCGUUUAACGGUUUUUGACACUUCGGGGAUGUUCGCGUGUUAGAAUCUGCGCCGAGGUUUGAACAUUUAGCGCGUUUCUGUGAACCGGGAACGCGCAUGCGCAGUGCGGCGCGGCAGGCGGAUAUAAGGAUUGGCGCCGGCGCCACAGCUGAUGCAUUCAUUCACUGACCACCGAGGAGCGGAGCCAUAAAUCCAGUCAUAAUGUCCAGACGCAGCGGUCGCAUCACUCUGCAGGCGAGAGAUUCAAACACACUGGAGCCCACCGCCAGAGUCCCUCUGAAGAGAAGGAAAUCAGAGCCCUCCAAGAAAAAGCUCCAACCUGCUGCCAAGAAACAGAACUAUGAGAUCCAGAAGUGUUGGUCUGAGGACGGAGCGAGCCCCUGCGUCCUCAUCGAGACGCCUCACAAAGAGCUGCAGCCUGCAGACCCGUCCAGCUUCAAGCAGCAGUUCAUCUUCAAGAACGUCUUCAUCAAGGCCUCGCCCAUCCCCCGCCUCAGUUGGGCGAGCUCAGACGACGUGUGGAUCAAAAUGCUGAACAAGGAGCUGAAGUACGUCCACGACAAGAGUUACCUGCAGAGACACCCCAAGCUGCAGCCCAAGAUGAGGGCCAUCCUGCUGGACUGGCUCUUCGAGGUGUGUGAGGUGUACUCGCUCCACCGGCAGACCGCCUACCUCGCUCAGGAUUUCUUCGACCGCUUCAUGCUGACUCAGGAGAACGUCAACAAGGAUUACCUGCAGCUCAUCGGGAUCACAGCGCUCUUCAUCGCCUCCAAGAUAGAGGAAAUCUACCCUCCAAAGAUCUUAGACUUCGCCUACGUGACGGACGGAGCCUGUGAUGUUUGGGACAUCCAGCGCACAGAGCUGCACAUCCUCAAGGCGUUGAACUGGAGCCUGUGUCCCGAGACGCCGAUCUCCUGGCUGAAGCUUUAUUCUCAGGUUGAAGCUCAGACAGAAGGAGAAAACUUCCUGGUGCCUCAGUUCUCCCAGGAGACCUACAUCCAGAUCACACAGCUGCUGGACCUGUGCAUGCUGGACAUCCACUCGUUGGACUACAGCUACAGCGUUCUGGCUGCAGCAGCUUUCUGCCACUUCUCCUCGUUUGAUGUCGUCCAUAAAGUCUCAGGUCUGACGUGGGACGGCGUGGCGCCCUGCGUCCGGUGGAUGAAUCCCUUCAUGGACACGUUACGAUCUCAACCAACACCUCAACUCAAGAACUUCUCCAAAGUGAAAGCUGACGCCCGACACAACAUCCAGACUCACGUGGCCUACCUGGAGCUGCUGAGGAAAUCUCAGGACCAGCAGCUGGAAACGCUCGACUGCCAGCUGUCGCCGGUUGCCGUGGGAGCCAUCCUGACUCCGCCCAGCAGCACAGAGAAACCAGCCAAUCACUGAGCAGGACACGCUACCUCUCCUCCAAUCAGAACGCAGCGACUCCACCGGACACCAAGACAUUUUAACACACAGACAAACUUCAUGUAGCACGUUUUUAUUUUCAUUUUAAACACUACAUCUGAUUCCUGUCGCUUCUAUUUUUUUGGUUUUAUUUGGUUUUUAUUAAACUCGUCAGGGAUCUUUUAGUCGGAGUUUCGCUCUGCAAACGUCUGGUUGUUCUUUUAGUUUUUUAAAUAAACCGUCAGGUUUGAGAAGAAACGGAAGUUUUUGCGGUAUUAUCUGGGAGUUUUACUGGUGCUAUUCUUGACAAACGGAGGCUUUAAAUGCUUCCAGAUGCAGCUUCAGUCAGAUUCUCAGGGAACAUGAACUGUUUUACUACAUUUCAUCCCACUCUGAAUUAGCUUAGUUAAAAUUAUUAAUUAUUCUCCCCAAAAAUCCCCUGAAAUUGUGUGCAAACUUGCAGAUUCAUGCUAGUUAUCGUACUGUGUGUGUAUCUGUUUUUGCUCUGAGCCAUAAAAACAGUCGGACACUUUAUUAGCUGUGUAACAUCCUGGAACCUGCAGGUGUACUUGAACGCACCACGCCUGUUCCCGUGGCUCAAUAAUUCCCUUUUUUUAAAAUUAAUUAUUAACGUUGCAACCUGGUUGCACGUGCUUGUUACAUUCCUGGGAAACUUGACUUGCAAAGGAAAUCUGCAUACGAAUUGUGCAAAUUAUUUUUCAUUUUUAAGUGCUUGUAUUUAUUGAUAAGCCUUUAGUGUGUAAAAAGUGUCUGUUUAUAUGUAAAAAAAAAAAACAAUCUUCAGUGAUGAAUGAGCUGUUUGAUCGCUGCCAAAGGCAAAAGCUAUUUAUGAUUUAGCUCUUUGUUGAUGAAUUCCAGUUCCUGAUGACAUGUUGUACACUAGCCUGAACUUUCUUCUUCUUCGUGCCUUUUAUAUUAUUAAAAUGAACUUAUGAACUUACGCUGCAGCGAGCCAGAAGCUUGUUGAACAAACCUGUGACUGUAAAGCUGAAACCUCCACGGAACAAAACAAACCACCACGUCGACUGUAUGUAGAUGGUAAAGAAUGUAUGUUUUUGUAAAUAGAGCAAUUCAGAAAUGUGUAAUUUUUUUAUAUUACAGUGGUUUAAAUAAAUGAAGUGAAAUAAGA